AUGGUCGUCAGAUUUCGACUAGUUCUGGCACUGUUUGCCGUAUCAUGUGGUCCACUUCUGAACGCAGAAUCCGAGUGGCCACCAGUCUCUCUCAACGCCACUGUUGAUUCCUCACUUUCCAUUGAUGUUUGUGUAAAAGCGAACUCUUCAGUGCAAUCACCUUCUUCUAUUACGGGUUUCAAAGUCUAUUUUACGCGGAACUCAAUAGUUUCCGGCGAAAAGUUCAGACAAUGGCAAAAUAUCGAAGUCCUUACUUCGGAAUCGCAAUAUUGCAUUCGACUGGAUGCGCAUAACUACGACAUAAGGCCGGCUACAAUAUAUCGGCUAAGAGCUACAGUACUGAUUAACCAAGUUGAGAGCACGCCUUCAAGACUUAUUCUCGUCAAUACCAAAACCGCUGCAACGAAGUCUCCUGUGAUCCAAUCAGUAAAAGUGCUUGUAAACGGAAGUGCGGUCUUCCGGUUCAUCAAUACUGAGGAUGCCGAUGCUGUCACUAACUAUACGUUAGAAUAUCGCAUAGUGUCAAGUUCGGACACCACUUGGACUAAGUUUGAGUUCGAAUCAGGGUCAUCAAAUGAAAUACUUAUUUCUGGACUCCUGCCAAACAGAACAUACGAAGCACGACUAUCAGCAAAUAGAAUAGUCAUCCAUGGGCACCGCUCAAGAACUGUUACGUUCACUACCAACAAUACCGCUCAGCUGCCAGAAGUUUCGUUGGAUCCGGUGGAAGAAGUCAUUUUGGAUCCCGAUGUUUCUCUUCCUGUGGAAAUAAAUUGCAACGUAAUGUCAUCAGAGCCGUCCAGCAUCCAAUGGCUGGUUGAUGGUCAACCCAUUCAAGCUGAACAUUCUUUCUACACUGUUACUAGUUCUGCUGUGGAUGGACAAAGAACUAUCUCUACAAUGCACAUGAAGUCGAGAACUCGAAACAACAACGUGACUUGUUUGGCGGUGAACACAGCUGGACAAGUCUCCGUGUCAACUGCAGUGCGUAUUCGUGGCCCAGGUAGUCCUCCUUCGGCUGUAACAUUGCAGAGCGAACGAGGAGGAUAUACAGUAGCUUGGUCACCACCUUCACACCCGAAUGGGAAUAUUACGAAAUAUGUGGUGUAUCACAGUUUCAACAAGGAGGCUCCGUUAUCAGACUGGCAAAAACUGGUUCUAGAUGGCACUGAAAAUAGCGUCAGAGUUAUGUCUAAUACCGAAGACUCAUUUUAUGUGCGAGUUCAAGCGGCAGCUGACAGUGGUCCUGGAGUCAUCUCAGAUAUUGUUGCUGUUGAAAAAGACACCAUCCCGAUCUCGAUAUCUCUCCAAUAUGAAGACCCGCCCGAUAGAGAACCCCUGGUUAUUGACCCUGGGGAAAAGGUCAAGGUUCGUUGUAUUGCCCAAGGAAAACCGCGUCCACAGCUACUCUACGUUCUCGCCGAGCAAAAUGAGAAUCCUGACAUUGUGGAAGACGUCUGGAGGCCACUCGACACAAUUCUCGAGCACGAUAAUGUUAUUGGGGACGUGGAAUUCACAACACUGUCGUCAAAAAUUUUGCACUGCAAGGCAAAAAGCACAGCCGGUUCAAACUCUUCUUCGCUGACGUUCGUCGUAAAAAAACCAGGUGAUGCACCUAAUGACAUUCAAGUGCUCUCAAUAGAUGCUCGAGACGUUAUUAUUGCGUGGAAAGCGCCCAAGUUUCCAAACAUGAAGAUUGAGUCGUACGAGGUUCUUUUAAACGAGGAUAUUGAGGAGGAUGAAGAAUAUUGGCAGAAAUAUGUAACCACGACAAAAGACGACUCUUCAGUUCUAACGCGAUUGUCGCUGCCUGCAGAACAGCUGAAACCAUCUCACGAUUACUUCAUACGUGUACGUGCUGUAAACAAAGGUGGAACAGGACCACUCUCAGAAGCCAUUAAGUUCACCACUCCAAACGGAGGUCCGGAAAACCCUCCUACAGAAGUCAGUAUUGACAUAAAUGAAGCGAAUAUAGCCGUGGUACGGUGGAGCAAACCAAAUUCUACUACGGAAAUACUCAACUAUGUUAUUUACUUCACGAGAGACCUGGGAAUUUCGAACGAGGACUAUCGUGAGUGGCAGACGGUAGAAGUGCCAGCAACCGAAACCACAUUUAAAUUCGACCACCAAGUUGGCCUGAAACCAAAGACGUUCUAUCGUGUAAGAGUGAGCGCCAAAAAUGAUGUCGCAGAGGGUCCAGUCAGUGAAACAAAAGAGUUUGAAACUGCUCAUUCUGAAUUGCCCAUUCCCACGGAUAUUAGGACCAGUGUAGGAGAGGACAAUAGUCUAACUAUCACCUUUUCAGCCGUAAGAAACCCUGAUGAUCAUUCAAGUGCAAUCGAGCGCUACAGAAUUGAGUUGGCGCAGUGUGACGAUGUUUUCAACGCAGUAUGGUAUCCGGUCAAUGCAAGCAGUGUUUCCGUAGAUGAUAUGAGUUCUCAGGUUUCCAUAACUAUAGAUGGUUCACGACUUGCCCGAAGCAGUAUGUACUGGGUGAAAAUCACUGCAGCAUUGGACAACCCUAGUCGAUUUGUACAAGCAUCGAAACCACGCUGGUUCAGGACAGGAGAUGGGAGGCUCAGAACAAAAGCGGAAAUUGAAGGCAGUCCUGUGAUGGAGAAGGAGCCGAACCUGUUUGAAACGUUGCGACUUGUAUGUCGUGCCGAAGGAAACCCUUCCCCAGAUGUGAAAUGGUAUUGGAACAACGGCAUCAUCGAAUCCGAAAAGGAAGGAUGGACAGUGCAGCAGGAGCAGACCGAAAAAAGCACAGUGUCCGUGCUAACACGGGGCAGCGUUCGUGAGUCAGGUGUCGCACUAUGCGCUGCUCGCAACGAAGAGAGCAAUGCAACUGCACAGAUUGAAGUACGGGUUCUAGGACCUGGCAGCGCUCCAAGAGAUGUGCACGCUAUUGGCUGGAGGAAUCAGAUUAAUGUCACUUGGCAGGAGCCUCUUAUAGCUAAUGGAGUUGUAAUGAAGUACAUCGUCUACUACGCCUUGCAAGAUGCAACGGACUUAUCUGACUGGGAAAAAUUUGAGACUGAUGGGACAGAAAUCCAGCUUCCUGCAUCAUCUCCUGAAACACGUUAUCUUGUGCGAGUGCAGGCAGCGACAGCUGAUGGGCCUGGCAUCAUAUCUGACUCCAUUGAGUGCUACAGUGAUAAAUACUAUCAAGCGAUUGUCCUGGAUCUUGUUACUACUAACAUAAAUGACUUUGAAGCAGAACCGAAUCAGACCGUUGUUCUCAGAUGCAGUGCACGGGGCCAACCGAUUCCAAGAAUUUUCUAUGCAUGGGACAAUGACAAAGAGAACGAGAUUACGGAUGUGUUAAUUACUGAAAGCACUCACCAUAUCAGCGGACUUUUUGAGAACAGUGCACUUACCAAUCGAACAGUGGUUUGCCGAGCAGAGAACAAACACGAGAGUGUGAACAUCAGCAGACUCCUCAUUGUACGGAAACCAGGGGAUGUACCAACAAAUAUAACCUGGUCUUUCGAUGAGAAUGACAGUCUGCUGAUCGAUUGGAGUAGAAUUCUGUACCCUAAUGGAAAUGUGACCUAUAUUCUCUAUCUUUCGAACUUUGUCGACCGCGUGUCGGGGCCACCGGUGCGUAUUCCCCAGGUUCCCUAUAACGUCAACGUAACACUUCAAAUUUCCGCCGAAAAUGAGUGGGGUGAAGGGGAAAAGUCAACUCCUGUUACCUUUUUAACUCCUCAUGGUGGGCCACGAAACGCUCCAACGUUGACUUCUCUACUUUCUAAGGAUAUGAAAGUGACUAUCUCGUGGCUGCCUCCAACUCUACCAAACGGGGAAAUCAAGGGCUACACAAUCUACUUCAAGAAGAGCGAGGAAAGUGAAGAACACGCGUGGCAGUACGUACAAGUGAACGCUAAUCGCACACGUUUUACCAUAGAUGAGUCCAUAGGUCUGGAACAGGAUGCUCACUACAAAAUGAAGAUUUCUGCUACUAACGAAAGACACGAAGGUCCAGCUUCGGAGAUUUCGUGGUUUGACACGUACGUCGAUAUUGGCGAAGAUCUUCCUGCUCCAGAGAACGUGACAGCUUACCUUCGAAAUUCUUCACUUGUCGUACAUAUUCCACUGAAACACGCCUACCAGAAUUUCAUCAUUUAUGUUCGCCCAGAGUCCAGCGAGCAGUACUGGAAAUACGAAGCCGUGAAUGUGACAGAAGCACAGGAGACGAUAAUAAUUCGGCAUUUCCCUUUGGACAAGAAUGAUAGUUAUCGAAUGAAAAUUUCUGGCUUCAAGCAUGGGAGAGAGAGUAGGUCAUCCGAGGAGUUUGCCCUUACUGUUGACUCUGACCCAACGGAAAUAUUGCCACCAAGAUCUGAUGAGGGAGAAACAACUAAGGCACCUGCAUCAGAAAAACGGCGGAUAGUCAAGGAACCACCACUAUAA